AUGUUUUGGGCAUCUUUUGCCGAACCGUUUUUUGUUAAAGAUAUUCUCUUUCUGUAUAUUUCUGGCACAAGACUUCAGAAAUGGAGCUCUCUAUCACAGACAUACGUCUAUUCAGUGAACCUUCUUCUUCUUCUUCUUCUUCUUCUUCUUCUUCUUCUUCUUCUUCUUCUAUAUUAUUUAUUUAUCUUCCUUCACUCUCUUCCCGCUUCUAAAUUGAUAACGUUUCUUUCUCUAUUUCUUUUUUCUCUCCUUCACGUGACUUUUACCCUUUUCCUCCCAUUAUUCGUCACCCCUUUUUCAUCUCUAGGAAUAAAUAUAAACCAUUCUCCUACUUCUCCUUUCCUCACAUUAAUCUCUCCUUUUAUUUUACUUUCUUUCUUUGUUUCUUUCUUUCUCUAUUUCUCAUACACUGUCAUCCUCCCUUUCAUCUUCUUUCGGUCUUUCUUUGUUGUCUUCCUCUUACUUCGUUACACUCCCCCCUCUCUCUCUCUCUCUUUCUCCCUCUCUCUCUUUCUCUCCCUCUCUCUUUAUUUUGACACGCGCUCUUUCUUUUAA